GUUAGACGUUAGGAGCUGGGUCCUAAUCGGGUCCUUCAAAGUACAAAACCAAAACAGGUUGCAAAUGCGAAAUGAAUCGCUAACAACAGCCGAAGUUAUUUGCAUGAGCGUCUGUUUGUGUAAUGGCUGUGGAUAAUGAUGAGCUGGAAAAACGUGCAGUGGAGGAGCUGCUCAAAGAGGCCAAUAGAGGCAGAGUGCGUGCAGAGACAAUGGGUCCAGCCGGGUGGAUGAAGUGUCCUCUGCAAAGCACAAACAAACGCUUUCUGGUGAACACCCUGCGCUUGUGUGCUUCCGAGCACCGGUCUGGGGGCUGCUCACCUGCGACGAGAGGUGCCGAGGACAGCAGGGAAGAAGGAGGCAGAGGGUCACGUGACCGUUCUGCUGAUCGACAAGACGGCUAUAGAAAAGCCACCAAACACAAAAGAGAGAGUCGUCACUCUCAUUUCCAGUCUUCAAAGUCUUCAUCUACGAGUGAAUUAGAAUCCUCAGGCCACACCCCUCAUCAGGCUAGACGAACUAAAAGAACUCGUUCCCGUUCACCUAUCAGAGAACGCCUCGCAACUAAAAGGUCUAUUGACAGAUUCUUCCAUUAGGGGUCACCACAGCGGAUCAUCCGUCUCCAUACCCCCCUGUCCUCU